UUGCAGGUUACUCUUCGAUCGCGAGGUAGUGGCGGCGAUGAAAUUGUUAACACGUUCCAUGAUGGCGAUUUGUCAUUCAACGAUGAUUUAGCAACUGACGAUUUUUUCACGACACCACGCAGCAGAUUUGAACGCACAGGUUUUCGACGCCCGAAAUGUUUGGAUGAUUUGAUGGACACGUCUGAUGAAACCGCAAGUCUGGAUCAAGGCAUAUCGCAAAAGAUCAAAAGUGUCAAGCACAUGGAUACCGUUUCACAAAAAGUGUCAAAGACAGCAAAAAAGAAUGGAAGAGUUAUUGCUGAUGAUUCUGCACAAAAAAUUGACACAAGUGAAUUGAAUGCUAAACAAGUAGAAACAUUUAAGGAUGAUAAAUUGUUCAGUCGUCAAGGAAGCGGGUCGUAUGAGGAGCACAGCACAAUUAAAAUGGGCCUUACGAAUUCUUCAUCGUCACCGUCGGUUCCACCCAAAAAACGACAUGUUGUGCAGUACAUGCAGACAUUCGGAAACGAACGAAACGAUCAAGAUGAUUUCUUUAAAGGCUCUACGCUUGCAUCUUAUGUUUUUUCACUGCAUCGACGAUCUUACUUUUUAGGAUUAGCAGCAACGAAUCAGAACUUUUUCGAUUUGAGUCAACUACUGCAGUAUUCUGAUACGGAUCGCAUAAUGUUGCCGAAACGCUACAUUGAAACGGAGCAGCAUGAUUCCGCCACAAGAGAAACAAAUCAUCUGGCAGCACCGACAAAUCCAGAAAUAUUGGAAUGUGUUGAUGUGUCGGACUGGUUAAUGUUGCGAGCGCAUGAUGCUGUUUCUAAACCGAAUGAAGUUCGUGGUGGACCCAAAGAUGCACUUAUUGCGUUCGCAACACAGCCGUCAGGAUCACUACUUUAUCAGGAAGCAUUCCUGGCAACUUAUCGUAGCUUUGUUACAUCGUACGAACUUGUUCAGAAAUUGAUUAAGAGAUAUUCGUACAUGUGUGCAGGAAAGGAGCGACAAUCAGUGAAAGUAGCGAAUCAGACGUUCUCGAUGCUAGCACGAGUAGUCGACGAAUUAUGUGCCGUGGAGCAGACCCGAAAGCUUAUUCGAUUAAUAGCGAAAUUCAUAAGCCGUCUUAUAAGUGAAGAUAAAUUAAAGUUCGCGAAGAUUCUCAGGAAUUUUACGAUUUUCGACUUCCGUUCUGUACUUAUCGCAAAACAGAUGACUUAUCUGGAUGCGGAAUUGUUUCAUUUGAUUGAGCCGGCCGAAAUGCUUUGGUGGGCGCAAGAACAAAAUGAGAAGAAGAGCCCAAAUCUCUGUCGUUUCACGGAACAUUUUAACAAGGUCUCCUACUGGGUAAGAACGCUUGUUUUAGAGUCAAAUGAGCAAAGAACUCGCGAAAAAGUGAUGAUGAAAUUCAUCAAAAUAAUGAAGCAGCUGCGAGCAAUGGGCAAUUAUAAUUCCUAUUUGGCAAUAUUAUCGGCACUGGAUUCCGGUCCAAUUCAACGGUUAGAUUGGUCGAAGCAGAUCACUGAUCUUUUGAAGGAACACUCUGUGGUUAUGGACAGUUCUCAUUCGUUCAAAAAUUAUCGCACACUGUUAGCCGAAAGUCGUCCUCCAUGUUUGCCUUACAUAGGUCUUGUUUUGCAAGAUCUAACGUUUGUACACAUUGGCAACAGUGACUACCUUCAGCCAGAGCAAUGCAAUGGUAAAAGAAAUCUCUUGAAUUACGGCAAAAGGUGGCAGCAAUUUGCUAUUUUGGAUAGCAUCCGACGUUUUAAAAGCUGGAAUUAUUCCAUCGAGAAAGAUGAUAAAGUCAUCCAGUUCUUCAAUGAGUUCAGCAACUAUCUGAGUGAAGACGAGAUCUGGGAGCGAUCAGAAACAAUCAAACCUCGACAACGAAAGGAUAAGUGA